GGAGCCGGGUGACGGGUUCUGCGCGUCAUUUCCGGCCCCGCGGGCGCCCCGUGGAGCCCACCUGGGUCCUCUAGGCCUGUGCUCCGAGCCGCCUGCACCGCGCGCCUCUCAGGCCCCGCCCGCCAGCGUCUCUUUGUGGCGAAGGCGCGGAGGCCGAGCGCUAUGCCUGCAGCGGAGACCGCGUCCGGCUGUCGUUCUAGGGCUCCACCUGGAGACUUGCACCCACACAGCGGAAGGGAAAGAUGUCACGUCUGAGAUGAGGUUGAGAAAGGCUGGGGCACCUGUCCUGGGUGCUCUCUCCCACUCCCUGGCGAGCUUGCUGUGAUGAAAGCCCCUGCCAGGCUGUGGGCAUCCUGUGGGGAAGCUCACCUGGCAAGAAACUGGUUGGGGGGUUUCCACCUACAGCCAGCACGGAACUCAACCUUGCAUGCCAGCCUGUGUGAGUGAGCUCAGAGGCGGAGCCCAGCCCCAGUCAAGCCUUCAGAUGAGGCCACAGCCCUGGUCCGUGGUAUGACUGCAGCUUCAAGGGGGACCGUAAACCCGAGGCACCUGGCUAAGCUUCCCCCAGAUUCCUCUCACAGGAGCCAAGAUCAAAAGCACUUGUUUUGAGCUGCAUUGUAGCAUCUGCUCCUGUGCUUUGCCAGGGAGAGGCCCCGGUGGCCUUGUUCCUGCCGCCCGGAGUCCCUGGGCGGUCUCGGUGGCCCAUGCAGCCCGGCUUGGAGGCAGAGUCGUCCUUUGUGGCGGUCGUUCCAGCAUGUCGCCCUCAGUGAAGACCCCAGCGCUGGGAGAGCUCGUUCCUGGCUCCGAGGAGAAGCCCAAGGGCAGGUGGCCUCUCAGCUGGGGCUCUCUUUUUGGUCACCGAAGUGAGAAGAUUGUUUUUGCCAAGAGUGACAGCGGCGCGGAUGAGAAUGUACUGACCGUCACCAUCACGGAGACCACAGUCAUCGAGUCCGACCUGGGUGUGUGGAGCUCGCGGGCGCUGCUCUACCUCACACUGUGGUUCUUCUUCAGCUUCUGCACACUCUUCCUCAACAAGUACAUCCUGUCUCUGCUGGGAGGCGAACCCAGCAUGCUCGGCGCGGUGCAGAUGCUGUCUACCACGGUCAUCGGGUGUGUGAAGACCCUCGUUCCUUGCUGUUUACAUCAGCACAAGGCUCGGCUUUCUUACCCACCCAACUUCCUCAUGACCAUGCUGUUUGUGGGUCUGAUGAGGUUUGCGACUGUGGUUUUGGGCUUGGUCAGCCUGAAAAAUGUGGCGGUUUCGUUUGCCGAAACAGUGAAGAGCUCGGCCCCCAUCUUCACGGUGAUCAUGUCUCGGAUGAUUCUGGGGGAGUACACAGGGCUGCUGGUCAACCUGUCCCUCAUCCCGGUCAUGGGCGGGCUGGCGCUGUGCACAGCCACUGAGAUCAGCUUCAACGUCCUGGGAUUCUCGGCCGCACUGUCCACCAACAUCGUGGACUGUUUGCAAAAUGUUUUUUCAAAAAAGCUUCUCAGCGGGGACAAAUACAGGUUCUCGGCCCCGGAGCUGCAGUUCUACACCAGCGCCGCCGCAGUGGCCAUGCUCGUCCCAGCCCGGGUCUUCUUCACGGACGUCCCAGUGCUUGGGAGGAGUGGGAAGAGCUUCAACUACAACCAGGACGUUGUGCUGCUGCUUCUGACAGACGGAGUCCUGUUCCACCUUCAGAGUGUCACCGCCUACGCCCUCAUGGGGAAAAUCUCCCCUGUGACUUUCAGUGUCGCCAGCACCGUGAAGCACGCCCUGUCCAUUUGGCUCAGCGUGAUCGUUUUCGGCAACAAGAUCACCAGCUUGUCGGCCGUCGGCACAGCCCUGGUGACGGUCGGGGUCCUGCUCUACAACAAGGCCAGGCAGCACCAGCAGGAGGCAUUGCAAAGCCUGGCUGCAGCCACCAGCCGAGCGCCUGAGGACCCCGGGGAGCCACUGCUUACGCAGGACCCCAGGCAGCACCCCUGAGUGCAGGAUGCCACCAGCCGCUGCUGUCCACUGACGCCGCAUCCCUGGAAACGGGCAGGGAUGCCCUCCUCCACAGCCCUGCUGCGCUGCAGGACACGGGGUGCUGAGUUGGGCCUUUACUGCUCCUUUCUCGGUUUUCCGGUGGAGACCAGCGGAAACGCAAAUGGGCUUCCAGGUAUCAGCUUCCUGGAGUGGAGAGCAGAGCCCGCGUCAGCCGAGCCCAUCCCCGUGUAAUGUGAAAGCAGCCUCUGUGGCUCCCAUGCUGGGCACGGUGCCCAUGUCCUCCUUGGGCAGCACCGCAGGGUCCACCAGGAACCAGAGCUGGGUCCAAUGCCAACAAGAGCUGCUCCCUGCUAGAGCCGAGAGAGCACUCAGCUUCCCACACCAGCCUUCAAAGGCCCUGAGGCCCUGAACCAGCUGCAGACUGGCUCUGGGCCUGAGGCCACAGAGCAGGGCCGACGGGGGUGGACAGAAGGGUCUCCUGCUGCCACCGCAGGUGCUCAGAGCUUCACCCCACCUGGCUCAGACUGUCCCAGAGGCAUCGAAAGCCCCAGGCUCUGGCAUCGCAGCCCCAGGCUACGAUGGCACUCAAGGGCUGUGACCAGGAGGCCUUUCAGUUAACCUGUGAAGAGGAAAGUCCACUACCCCUUCCACACCCUGGGCUGCAUGAGACCCCCCGCCUCUGGAGCACCCUGCUCAUCACCUUCCAUACCCUGGGCUGUGAGCCCCACCCCUCGCUGGGGCGCCGUGCCCUCCUACCUGUGGUGGUUUCCAGCCCUGAGGUUGAGGACAAACCCCUCGUGUUUAACUAGGGGAGGAGGAGAUGUGUACAUUCCUUUUCUUUUUUGGACUCGGUGUCAGGCAGGCAGUUCUGAGGUCCCAGUGGGGUGCGCCUGUCCUCCCUUGGAGCCCACUGCUCCCAGUCUCAUCCUCGAGUACCCGUUCGUUUCCCCACGUGAGGACGUGGGCAGGACGUUGCAGUGUUGAUGGUUUGGGCUGUGUGGCAUUAACACAGACUCGGUCCUUGCUGAAAAAGGAAGCGCUCACUGAAUGUUUCUGGGACACAUUGUGUGUCAGGUGCCCACCCCACAGCCCACUCUCCCCAAGGGAUAGUGGCCCUGCAACGCUGACCACCGGCCAGCUGGGCUCCUCCUUCCUCCUCAGCGUCACGCACCCCAAGGGCGCAGGAGGAGCCGUGUGUCAGGCAGAGGCUUCUGACCGUGCCUGAGCUCUUCACCCCUCAUCUCGUACCCGGCGCGUUUCUCAGCUGGUGCAGUCUGCUGCCAGCCAGCUCCAGGGCUUGUCAGUGGCCCCACGUCUUACUUUGCCGCCCUGCUCCUCAGCUCUCUGGCACCCGUGGUCACUUCACUGGUUUUCCAUUUGGCUUCUUGCCUGGAAAAUA